ACACUGGGAUGUCCCCAGGUGUCACCACAGUGACAAUGCAGUGUCCCCAAGGAGCCACCACAGUGACAAUGGGGUGACACUGGGAUGUCCCCAAAAAGCCACCACGGUGACAAUGGAGUGUCCCCAAGGGUUACCAUGGUGACAGUGACAAUGGGAUGUCCCCAAGGGUCACCAUGGUUACACUGGGAUGUCCCCAAAUGUCACCAUUGUGACACUGGGAUGUCCCCAAGGAGCCACCAUGGUGACAAUGACACUGGGAUGUCCCCAAGGGUCACCACAGUGACAAUGGGAUGUCCCCAAGGAGCCAUUUUGGGUGACAAUGGGGUGUCCCCAGAUGUCACCAUGGUGACAAUGGGAUGGUGGCACCAAAAUGGCACCAAAAGUGACACUGGGAUGGCCCCAAAAAGCCACCAUGGUGACACUGGAUGUCCCCAAGGAGCCAGCACGAGAAGCUGCCGUUCCCGUUCCGGGCUUUGAUUUUGCGCUCCAUGGGCUCCGUGAUCCGGAAUCACCUCCAGGAUUUGGGGAAAUCCACGGCCGGGGGCAUCGUGGGCUUGGCAGUGCAAGAAAUGACCAAAUCCAAGGAUUGGAUCCCGGAAUGGCAGGAGGCCGCCGGCGACGUUUUGGUGGAAAUUGGGAAAAAAUUCCUAAAUUUGGUGAUGGAAGAAAUUUUAGGAAAAUUCCAACCUGGAAUUGUUCCCCAUCCCUGCGUGCUCAGAACCUUCGGAAAGCUCAGCACGGCCAACGAGAAAUUCUGGGCAAAUUCUGGGCAAAUUCCAGCCUGGAAUUGUUCCCCAUCCCUGCGUGCUCAGAACCUUCGGAAAGCUCAGCACGGCCAACGGUGA